CCCAUUACCGAUCCAAAAUCCUCCACCUAUCUACCAGUGCAGCUCUCACAGUCUCGCCAUGAACAAUCCAAGAAGAAAAAGAUUCUUCCUUCUUCCUCUUCUUCCCAUUUCCACCAUUGUUUUACUUCUGCUAUCAUUCUCAACCCCAAAAGAAGAAAAACUAGAAAUCCCACAACUACACAUCCACAAACAUACCCAGAUUGCCAUUUCAGCUUGUAAAGGAACACUGUAUCCACAACUAUGCGUCUCGACUCUGGUCUCUGUUCUUCCAGAUCUCCCCUCCAAAGCCAUCCCACACUUCAUCUCUGCAACCAUAAACCGCACAAUGUACGAAAUCAGAGCCGCCAGCACAAACUGCAUAGGCGUACGAGAGCGCCUCAAGAACAAGCUGACCCACCUCGAAGAAAUAGCUAUCAGCGACUGCCUCGAACUGUUCAAUAGCUCAUUGUUCGAGCUCAAAUCAGCGGUCUCCGAUCUCGCGCACGCCAAGUCAGUCCCCGAACACUACCACGACUUGCAGACACUGUUGAGCGGCGCAAUGACGAACCAGUACACUUGUCUCGAUGGGUUUGCUUACAGUAAUGGAAAUGUGAGGGACGAAAUCAAGUUUAGUUUGUACAAUGUGUCUCGUCAUGUUAGUAACUCGCUUGUUAUGCUCAAGAAAGUACCCGGAGUGAACGAAUCGGAGCCCCAGACGACGUUCCCGGGUAGCUGGAGAAUGAAAAACGGAUUUCCUUCUUGGGUUUCGUUUAAAGAUAGGAAAUUGUUGCAGGCUCCGGUGAACAGUACCAAGUUUGAUCUAAUUGUGGCCAAAGAUGGUACUGGAAAUUUUACUACUAUCAGUGAAGCUGUUGAUGCAGCUCCCAAUUCAAGCACAACGAGGUUUGUGGUAUAUAUCAAGGCAGGGGCUUACUUUGAGAAUGUGGAGGUGGUGACGAAGAAGACGAUGUUGAUGUUUGUGGGAGAUGGGAUUGGGAAGACGGUGGUGAAAGCCAGCAGGAAUGUCGUUGAUGGAUGGACUACUUUCCGUUCAGCCACAGUUGCGGUGGUAGGCGACGGAUUCAUAGCGAAAGGCAUAACAUUCGAAAACUCAGCAGGGCCUAGCAAACACCAAGCAGUGGCAUUGAGGAGUAGUGCAGAUUUCUCAGCAUUCUACAAAUGCAGCUUCGUUGGCUAUCAAGACACUCUCUACGUCCACUCCCUUCGACAAUUCUAUCGCGAGUGCGAUGUCUACGGCACAAUCGACUUCAUCUUCGGCAAUGCAGCUGUAGUUUUACAAAACUGCAACUUAUACGCUCGCAAACCGAACGAAAACCAGAAAAACAUGUUCACUGCUCAAGGAAGAGAAGACCCUAAUCAGAACACUGGAAUCUCAAUCAUAAACAGCAAGAUCUCCGCGGCCGCGGACUUAAUCCCAGUAAAAACUUCCUUCAAAACUUAUCUGGGUCGUCCGUGGAAGGAGUAUUCGAGGACGGUCAUAAUGCGUUGCUACAUUGAUGACUCUGUAGAACCUGCUGGAUGGCUUGAAUGGAAUUCGACAUUUGCGCUGAGUACUCUGUAUUAUGGUGAGUAUAUGAACAGAGGUCCCGGGUCGAAUACGAGCGCAAGAGUUACAUGGCCUGGUUAUAGGGUCAUUAACAGCUCAAUUGAGGCUAAUCAGUUCACUGUUGAGCCAUUCAUACAGGGGAAUGAGUGGCUUAAUUCUACUGAUAUUCCAUUUUAUCCCGGAUUGAUAGGUUGACGGAGAACACUCAAUGCUAACUGUAUUGACUCUUGUAAUUUUUUUUUUCUAAUUCAAGGAACUUUGUACUGGAAAACUGAGAUUCAUUUUGAUUUUGAUCAGUGUUAUGGGCAAGAUGGACUGAGAUUCACUUGAAA